ACUGAAAACACGGAGCUCCAGACCUUCGCCCUGGCCGUCUGCCUCGGCUACUUCUUCUUCGAUCUGGGCUGGUGCGUGCGCCACCACACCGAGGGUCCCGUCAUGCUGGCCCACCACGCCGCCAGCAUCGUGGGCAUCCUGCUGGCUCUGCUCAUGGGGGUGUCGGGCUGCGAGACCUGCGGCGUCAUCUUCGGCAGCGAGAUCACCAACCCGCUGCUGCAGACCCGCUGGUUCCUGCGGCGGCUGGGCCUCUACGACGGCCUGCUGGGCGACGCCGUGGACCUGCUCUUCAUCUCGCUGUUCGCCACCGUGCGCGUGGGAGUCGGCACGGUCAUGUUUUACUGCGAGCUCACGUCCCCCAGAACCAGGCUGGUAAUGAAGCUUGGCGGCGUGGCCAUGUACGGACUGGCCUGGGUGUUCAUGGUGGACAUAGCCAGGUUUGGCUACAAGAAAAGUAGGGCCAAGUACAAAAGGUGGCGGGAAAACCCCCAGCUCAAAGACAGCAAUGCACAAAAAUUGGAUGGACAAGAGUGACCGAAGAAAAAAUAAAGUUAAACUAUAUUAUGAACAUCUUACAUUUGGGUGGAACACAUUUGAUCUGGAUCUGAUUUAUCUACUAAGACUAGUAAUCCAACGUAUAGAGACUGGUACCAGUAGGUGGCGCUAUGACUAUGAUUCAAAGUUUAUUUGCCGACUUCGCCGAGCUACUACGUCGCUACUGUGCUUUUUCCUUUUGUCAAUUGCCUUCGUUUGUCGGUAAACGUUUGUUGAAAAUCAUUUCCACCAUUUAUGGUUUCAAGGCAUAAAAAGUGGGAAUAAAAAAAGUAUGUUUGGCUGCUUAUGAGCACCAGAAACUGUUAAAUAUACUGAGCCGCUACGUCGCCGCCCUUCAACGAAUUCUUCCAAUCUUCCCAACGAAGCAUCAUCAACGUCUUUAGGCUUUUCUGAGAACACUGAAUGUUGGCGUCAAGAUAAAUUUAGGACUUUUCAAGACAUUUUUAACACCAAAAUCUAAUUUUAUGUCUUUAACGAUCAUACCGGCAAAAGUAUGAAAGUAAGAUGGAGAAGUAAUUGUUAAGUAUUUUCCAGCAUUAUAUAACUAUAUUUUAUAUUGUGGCAUGAAAUGGGUGGAUUGAUUAACCGAGUUUUUGCUAAAAGCAACUAGUGACGGUGUGUGACUGAAACUCAGCACAGUUUACUGAUGAAACAAUCCCACUUUUAGCUAAUUAAUGGGACUUUUCAAACCUUUUUUGUGGACACUUGACCAUGCAGAUACCAGAGUUGAUUGUUCCUUUAAUGCGACUCAGGUUUUAAGAUUAAUAAAAUGACGUCAUCAUCCAACCCCAACAUGAGACCAACUAAAAAUGAAAUGACACCUUUUCUCUCCCUUCAGAUCAGCUUUAAAUCUCCUCGCUAAAAGGAGAUAUUUGUGUUCUCAACAAACUUGUUAAUAACAGGGUUAAUAGCAAUGUAAUAAAGACAUUACAUUUUGAAUAGAACAGAUUAAUGCUGCAUGGAUACUUUACCCUCUUUUUAAGUAGUUUGUGUGAAAAAUG